GUCUAAUGACGCUUGGAUUUUCAGGUGCGUGUCAACAGAUUAAUGUCUGCAAUGAAUCUCUCAUGUUAGAAAAGUUGCCUGCCUGUGGAAGAACCUUUGAAGAGAUGAUGAAGAAGGUGGACUCUAAAAAAUGGUGCAACCUGACAGAAUUUAUCAUGUAUUAUGACAACUUCACCCAGUGCACAGAACGUGAAGCCAACAAUGCAAGUUGCUUUUGGCCAAACCCCCUUGCCGAGGGCUUUAUCACUGGAAUUCACAAACAAUUCUUUUCAAACUGUACUUCAGAAAAAGUUCACUGGGAAGAUCCACCGGAUGAAAUUCUCAUAACUCUGAUCUUGAUCCCAGUCCUGUUGACGUGUGCCAUGAUAACACUGGUAGUAUGGUGCAGCAAGAGAAGUGAUAUCCUGGUGUAAGUUGUUCCUCUGGGCUUUCUUUUCCUCCAUUUUUCCUU